GGAAAGGGUGUGGAGUACAGGUGAGAAGCGCCGGAGCCGAGAGUGGGGACCCGUUUGGACUGUUGUACGGCGGUAGCGGUAGCAGCUCUGCACAUCUCUGUACACCGAUACCACCACCUGGACCAGCACGAUGAGCGAUCAAAAACAUCCUCCUCCCUAUACCAUCCCAACUGUAGCUGAAAGUCAAGCUGACAAGGUGAAGGUCUACCAUGUCCACACUCCAUUCAACGCCUCCUUACCGGACCAGUCUCAGGCAGUACCAGUGUACACCGGCGGAAGCGGAGGUCCGGGCGCAGGCUUCGAUGGCGAGGGCAAAAGUAAAUUUAGGAGCUACGACACGGCGCUGGGGCGUACUUCCGGUAUGACCACGUGCCCCUCCUGCAAUCAGCAGGUGAUGACCAAUGUUGAAUACAAAGCAGGAACCUACGCAUGGUUGAUGGUUCUACUCUUCAUCUGCCUCGGGUUAUGGCUGUGCUGCUGUCUGAUCCCGCUGUUGAUGAAACGAUUCAAGGACGUGCACCACUUUUGCCCUCGCUGCAACUCGCUGCUGCACGUGGAGAAGAAACAAUGCUGUGAAUGAAGCACAUGAAGAAAGAAACGCACCGGUAGAAAUAAAGACGUACACUAUUAAACAUCCUUGUACCUUUGUCCCGAAACACCCUCACUACUACUAGAUUAAUUUGACUUAUUUCUACGGGGUGGAAGCUACCUUGAAUGGCUUAAAACGUUGAAGAACUUGAUGAGCGAACGCAGCGAUUCGGUGAGAUUCAAUGCAUCCUUCCCAGGCAUUUGUUUGGGAGUCAUCAUUCCUACCAAUACAGUUGAAAUGAAGGCUUGUACAUACAUGUUAUCCUAUUAAGGAGUGAUUAUCCACAAGGAAACAGGCUCACACUUUAGCAUUAGCAUCGUUUCCUUGCCUCCCUAACGUAUGUGUGUGCGUACAGAUGAGUAAGCUAUGGAACGUGUAUCCUAUAUGUUGUAUAUGAAGGACGUUAAAAAAAAAAAACAAGCUGGAAAAGAAAAGCCGAGGUCAUGUGCGACACACGAUGGAAAACAUCUUUCAUGAGUCCAAACUCAACAAGUCUUAAUUUCUAAGACUUAAAAAAAUAUUAUAUUCCUUUCUGACCAAUCCCAUAAUUGUGACUUCAUUUUUUGUCAAAUAAAACUAUAAAAAUAUUA